AAGGGGCUGGUUUUCAUGCAGACAGCCUGUCAAGCGAUGCAGCAGCAGAGAGGCCGCAGGCAGUAUAAUAAACUGCGGAAUUUAGUGAGGGAUGCCCGUCGUGAUUGCAUUAUAUUUUUUAAUGAAUUCCAGCUGCUUUCUUAUUUGCCACGAGAGCGGGGAGAAUUGCUGGAGAAAUGGCAAACGAGGAGUAUUUACAACGCCGCCGUGUGGUACUAUAAUCACUUUUCGGGCCAGAUGCCCAUUGUCAUGGUAACUGAGGACGAAGAAGCCAUACAACUGUUUGGCAGUGAAACGGAAGGCGUCUUUGUGAUCUCAUUCAAGAAUUACUUGGAUAACUUCUGGCCCGAUUUAAAAGCCACUCACGAGCUUUUGGAUUCCAUACUCCAUUCGCGGCGUGAACGGGAGAACGAAAGCCACGAAAACAGUGGGAAGGAAUACCCCGAGCAUCUCCCGACGGAGGCCCUGGAAGCUGGAAUCAAAUCAGGACUCUACAUCCAGGGGAUCUUGAAUGUGAAUAAGCACAGAGCCCAAGUAGAGGCAUUCAUGAGAUUUCAAGGCACUAGCAACAAAGACAAAGAUCUCAAGACGGAUGUUCUCAUUUACGGCACAAAAGCCCGGAAUAGGGCAAUCCACGGGGAUGUGGUGGCAGUGGAAUUGUUUCCCCAGAGGGAAUGGAAAGGACGGACGGCGGCCCUCGGAGAGAACGAGAGUGAAGAGAAAGCUUCUGGGGAGGUUUACUGUGAACCCAUGCCGACAGGCAAAGUGGUGGGCAUCCUGCAGAAGAACUGGCGUGAGUACGUGGUCACUUUCCCAUCCAGGGAAGAAAAUCACUCCCACGGCAAAAGCGCGCAGAAGGUUCUGGUGACCCCUUGGGAUUACAGGAUUCCAAAGAUCCGCAUAAGCACUCAGCAAGCCGAGGCCUUGCAGGAUUUCCGGGUUGUCGUGCGUAUCGACUCUUGGGAAUCGUCCUCGCUGUACCCCAAUGGACAUUUUGUGCGGGUUAUCGGCCGCAUAGGAGAUCUUGAAGGAGAAAUACAAACCAUUCUGGUGGAGAAUACCAUUUCAGUUAGUCCUUUCUCCGAAGCACAGAUGUGUGAGAUGCCCACUCUCCUCCCAGAAAAGCCGUGGGAAGUCACUCCAGAAGAGCAGCAAAAGCGCCUCGAUCUGAGAGAGACCCAUUUGGUCUUCAGCAUUGACCCCAAAGGCUGUGAAGAUGUGGAUGACGCCCUCUCCAUCCGUCUCCUCCCCAAUGGCAACCUGGAACUGGGUGUCCACAUUGCCGAUGUAACUCAUUUUGUGGCAGCCAACUCUUACACCGAUAUGGAGGCCAAAGCAAGGGCUACUACUUACUACUUAGCCGAUCGUCGUUAUGACAUGUUGCCUGCCAUCUUGAGUGCCAAUUUAUGCUCUCUUCUUGGGAACAUGGACCGGUAUGCCGUGAGCGUUAUCUGGGAGCUGGACAAGGCUUCGUAUGAAAUAAAGAGAGUCCGGUACAAGAGAACCAUCAUUCGCUCUUCUUACAAACUCUUUUACGAGGCUGCCCAGGCUUUGCUAGAGGGAGACCUGACUGCUGCCGCCGAAAUCCCGGAGCUCAAAAGCAUGGAGGAAAAUGCACGGAAACAGAAGUUAGAGGAACUGAUAUGGGCCAUCGGAAAGUUAACGGACGUUGCCCGUCAUCUCCGAGCCAAACGCAGCAGCUAUGGAGCCCUGGAGCUGGAAGGGAUUGAAAUCAGGGUUCAGCUGGAUGACAAGAAGAACAUCAAUGACCUUAUCCCCCGCCAGCCACUGGAAGUCCAUGAGACGAUAGCCGAGUGCAUGAUCCUGGCAAACCACUGGGUGGCCAAGAAGAUUUGGCAGGUGUUCCCCUACCAGGCGCUUCUUCGUCAGCACCCGCCACCCCGGCAGGAAUUUUUUUCUGAGGUCCGAGAAUGUGCCAGUGCAAAAGACUUUUCGAUUGACACGUGGUCUAACAAGGCAUUAGCUGACUCUCUGGACAGAGCAGUGGAUCCUUCUGACCCCUUGGUAAACCAACUGUUGAGGUCUAUGGUCACUCAAGCCAUGUCCAACGCGGUAUAUUUUUCAACUGGAUCGUGUCCCGAAGAAGACUUCUUCCAUUACGGUCUUGCCCUAGAUAAAUACACCCACUUCACGUCACCCAUUAGGAGAUACGCUGAUAUAAUUGUCCACAGACUCCUGUUAGCAGCCACCUCAACGGAAGAAGGACUCGGUAUAAAAGACAGCUUGCUUGGCAAUAAAGAACUUGAAGAGCUGUGCAGACAUAUCAACAACAGGAACCGGGCUGCCCAGCAUGCUCAGAAGCAGUCAACGGGGCUCUUCCAGUGCAUGUACUUCAGCGACAAAAGUCCCGCGAGGGAGGAGCAGUGCUCAGCAGAUGGAGUCAUCUAUUCCAUUCGAACCAACGGGGUGCUCGUCUAUGUGCCAAGGUAUGGUAUUAAAGGGGCUGCCUAUCUGAGGAACAAGGAAGGGUUGGUCAUCUCCUACCCAACAGGUGGGGACUGUGAAUGGCAACCUGGUUCUCUGCAGCGCUUCCCCACCAAAAUUAUUGCCAGUCCCACAGCUGGAGAGCCUGUGACUCUGAACCUCUUCGAUCAUGUGACCGUGAAAAUCUCCGUACAGACAUCUCGCAGCCAUGCAGAUAGGAUCCAACUUCAGAUCACAAGCUGCAAACCCUACCAGACCUCAGAAAUGGAACCGUCUCAGAGGUCCCAGAUGUCUAAAACAGAUUUAAUAAGGGAAGUCACAAAGACUGCAGAGGAAACUCAACUUGCACAGAAUUUGGCCAAAGCAAACCAGGCAAAGGAAGGAUUUGAUGAAGAGUAUCGGCAGACCCAAUGUAGGAGCUUGUAUCAUUUGCUAGAAGAAAUCAAGGAUUUGUCUCUUUUGGACGUAUCUGUGGACCGUGGAGCGUGAGACCUCAUUUCACACGGCUUCCGUCCCAACCUCUUUUGUCAGCUUCCUUUUUUUAAAAGUUGUAAUUUUAUUAUUACAAUGUUGCUUGUCUUUAAAAAAUGGAGAUUCUAUUUUAAGAUUGCAUUCUUAAAUCCAUUUAUAGCAACUAUUGGUAAUGGAAGAUAUGCUUUUUGUCUUUUAUAAAUUAAAUACAGAGAAGUGUAAAUAGCUCUUAAGCACCUCAGGGAGUAAAUGAUGAUGUGGCAGUUUAGUUCUUUAAAAUAGUCCUGCUUGGUAAUUUUGACUUAACUUACAUUAAGUUAGCUGCUGAGAAUUGAAGAGGAGGGGGGGAAAGACCUAAGUAUUAGUUGUGACCUUGAUGAAAUGGGAUAUUGAGAUUUUCCAAAUCAUCUCUUGCUUCUUUUAGUAAACAAAAAUUUUAGUUCACUAUUUCUGCAUACCUUUCAGUCCAUGCCUUUAGACCCAGAGGUCUGGAUAGCCAUUUUCUUCAUGCAGAAGGCAAUCAUAGCAUUUAACCAGCAACUGCAGCAUUGGUGGAUUUUUUUUUUCAGGUUGAAGCCUAUAUAUUACUUCUGGUUUCAAAGAUUUAUUAUUUUCAUUACUGGUAUAAAAUAGAGGCAAUUACAAAUGUUUCACAA